UCGACCUCACCAUCCAGUACUUCAGCGACGAUGCACUCAUCGACUACAUCGCCGAUCGGAGAUUGUGCAACUAGAAUGGUUGCAAAACUUACACAGCUGGAAGAGUUGCACCUUACUAUUAGACCAGGGAUUGCUGCCAACCACAUUGCUGCUAUUGGUAAUUCUUGCCCACUGUUGAAAUCAUUCUCGUGCAAUGGAUUUAAGUGCAAGCUUCCCACAUAUGAAGAUAAUGAUCAUAAUGAUCGGCUCCGGCAUGUGUAUGCUCUCGCAAUCAGCAAAAGUAUGCCUAAUCUACGCCAUCUUCAAGUUUUUGCUCAUUGGAUGGGAAAUAAGGGACUUAAACUCAUCCUUGACGGUUGUCCACACCUCGAAUCACUUGAUAUCCGACGAUGUUUUGAUCUCGAUCUUCAAGGGGAUUUGGGGAAAAGAUGUCGUCAACAAAUAAAACAUCUUAAACUCCCUAACGACUCAAUCAGUGAUGUACCGUGGCCUAAUUGCGGGUGGCGAUCCAUUUGGUACUUCUGCCUUCAACUUUGAAGAUCACGAAUAUGACUAUUAUAAACGCUA